AUGGCGAGCUUUGGAAGACCCGCGCCGGUUCUGAGCAUGAUAACGAAUGAAGUGCUGAAUUUUAUUUAUAUCAACCACGGCCACCGAAUCUUCCAGUGGAAUCCCGCUAUUUUACAGCCAGUAAAACUAGAAGGAUAUGCAAAUGCCACCCAGAUAAAGGGAGGUGCCCUUGAUAAUUGUUUUGGGUUUAUCGAUGGCACUGUUAGGCCAAUCAGCCGACCAGGAGAAAAUAUACGCAUCGUCUAUGACGGGCACAAACGUGUGUAUGCACUGAAGUUUCAGUCUCUUGCCCUGCCAAAUGGUCUGAUUGCUAAUAUGUAUGGACCUGUAGGUGAGUAUGUUAAUGAAAUCCUACCUGUCUAUUCCGAUGAAUGUUUGCACUUAUAUUCAGUAAUCUGCUUGGGGUAGAUUUAGGGGCUGGCUGCGGGGACCGCUGCCACACCUUAAUGUAUGAAAUUUUGUAUUAUUUUUAACGAAUUCUUAGUAAAAUAAAUAGGACCUUUAUGGUUGCUAAGUGCCCCACCCCUUUCUUAAUUUUCUGGUUCCGCCCCUGAUUUGUAUUGGAAUAAGCAGCUUGAGGUGGUCCAAUUUUACAAUUAUCGACUCUCCUGCUUGUUGUUCGUUUGUUUGUCACGUGUUGUUGUUGUUGUUGUUUUUUUUUCACUUUUUCUUCGGAGACAGUUUUUUUCUGUUGUUUUCUUAUUGUACGAUGCUGUCGUUUUUCAGAAGGCCGGAAGCAUAUGA